AAAGCCGUGGUGUGUAGUUCUUAAUAACUUGUUUAAAAAUUAUACUGUUAAUAUUAUAAGCUGUAAGAUUUGUCGUUUUAAACCUUUCUUUUAUAUUUUUUAUCGUUUAAACUAAAACCAACGUUAUAAUAUCUAAAGAUGCAUUAUUCAGAUAAGCUACUAAAUUGACUUUAUGCAGUCAUCAACUAGUAAUUAAUGUGAUAUUAGCGUUGAUUACACUAGAGUAAUAAUCGUUCGGAUCGCAACUGAACGAUAGAAACGUUUUUAGUCUGUUUUAUUGAACAUUUCCGACAACACACGAAAACGAUUCUGUUUCGCAAACAAUUUGUGUUUUAUUCAUUAAAUGAAAUGACAAAAGGAUCUGCAAUUACGUACGGUUUGUAAUUAAUUUUCACCGACGGCUCCUGUGUCUUUCCGGACGCGGCUUGUAUGUUGUGUAUGUACGCCAAAACUCCACUUUGAACUUAUUACAAACAUACAUUUGACUUACCUUGAGGUUGUUUGAUCUUUGUUAAGCGUACAACAAUGUUUCACAACACAAGAAACAACCUUUACAAUUUUCACUUGUAGUCGUUAUUUACAUUGUCACAAAACAAUGUAACAAAAAUAGGUUUAGGAGAGUCAAACCGCAGCACAAAAGGCAUAGCUAUUAUGCAGUCAUAUGUGAUAGUUAUCUGCGAUUGUUGUGAUAAGUCGACACGCUAUGGUACGCUGUGGUUGUGUUUACAGACGCGAGUGUGCUAUAGCUAGCUGUACUACUGUACAGUACCACGCGGCUCACCUACGUAUAGCGGUGUUUUCAGCAAGCGUCGUAGCUGUAAGCCAGUCGCGUUCCGCAUGCCCGUCAGAACCCACGCUUCACGCGCGCCCUGACUCGCUACGAGCUACGACGCCGUAGCACGUCCCGGUCACUCGUAGACCCAACCGACUCGAAUACCGACACGGUAAAAAAUACAGUAAUUAAGGUUUCCAAAUAUAUUUUGCUGUAGUUUUAAAGUGAAUUUAAGUAUCACGAUUUUUUAAACUUGUGUGUGAAGUAAAUGACUUCGUGAUUAUGUUUUAGUGUUAAAUGUUUAAGUAAAUACAAAAUUGGAUGGACUCGAUGUAUGUGAUAAAUGUGAUUUAGUGUACAUAAAUAUGUUCGUGUGAGUGUAGCUAUAACUUUGAACAUUGUUUCUCGUCGCUGGUGCACAUAGCAAACUAAAAAAAUCAACAAAGUGAUCCGUGAUUUCAGUUUUAACUGUAUCAGUGAAAAUAUUUGACAAAAUAUCUGAAGUGUAAAUAACGUAAAAUUGUAAUUGUAAUAUUAACUUGAUAAUUUAAAUAAAUAGGCACUAUUAUUCACACUAAACAAUAAGUACGUAAGUGACAGUAGUGGAGAUUAUAAAGUGAAGAGUGUUAUAAACAGUAAAGGGUAAACAAAAAUAGUGAUGUCUGCGUGCGUGGUGGAGGAAGGGCGGGAGGAGGGCGGCGGCGCGUGCGCACUGGAGGCGGGCCCGAGCGUGGAUCGCGACGAGGUGCCCGAGCGCCCGCGCAGGGAGGUGCUACUGAGCGCGCGCGGACGACGCGCAUGCUCCGAGCAGGGACCGCAUCCCAGCUUGAAUUUUCAACACGGUACAUCGCACCUGUGGGGCGCCAACAACAGUCGUCGCGGGUGGAGUCGCAAGCGCACGUCAGCGCCACAGAUGAGCAACGUGCACGGUUCGAUGCCGCGAGUCGCGCUUGUGCUGCGUUCGCGACGCAGCUGGCCCGUCGCACCGCAGUCUUGUCGCAGUUACAGGGUCCAGUCAUAGGGGACGAUGAGCCAGAAAUAACCGACAAUAAUGUCGAUUGGUCAGAGCCAGACAACGCUACGGUCUCUGAACUGGAUAUGAGAGCAGCUAAUGUGCAUGCAGUGUGCAAAAAAAGGAAUCUAGCUUCUCAGCCAAUAAAUAACAAAGAGUUCUUUGUGGAUCAUACUCAUAGCCUUGUAUGGUGCAAUAUUUUUAAAGCAGCUAGUUCUUCUUGGCUGUAUAAUUUUAACAUUUUGGGAGGAUACGACAAAAAGUUUUUGACGAAAACUAGACAGACUCCUUUAAUGUUAGCAAGAAAGAAAUUUCCUCGCCCAAGUGUCGAGGAACUUAAAGACGCAGUAAAUACUCCAGGAGUUGUGUCACUUUUGGUGGUCCGUGAGCCAUUCGUCAGAUUGUUAUCAGCGUAUCGUGAUAAACUGGAGAACGUGACCCCUCCAUAUUACAGAAAAUUGGCAAGAUCAAUUGUGGCAAAAUAUCGAGAAAAAGCCGUUGAGAUUUUCGGACCGAUAAAAAGUUUUGGGCCUACCUUUUAUGAGUUCGUUUCAUACUUGAUCGAUAAAUACAAAGAAAAUGACUUAACAUUUGACGAACAUUGGACUCCGUAUUAUAGGUUUUGCUCACCUUGUGCAGUGAAUUUUAGUGUGAUAGCGAAAGUGGAGACUUUGGCGAGAGAUUCUAUGUUUGUAAUACAACAAUUAGGGCUAGGGCACGUGUUAGAUAGAAAGGUUCGUGAUCGAAGGAUGAGACUUCGUACUGUUAUGAAUAAAUCUCGGGAUGGGAAGAAUACGACUGCGUUGUUAAAGUAUUAUUUUAGUCAAUUGAAUAUAAAAAUGCUAAACGAUCUGUUAAAAAUAUAUGGAUUAGAUUUUGAAAUGUUUGGAUAUGAUGCGAAAGUUUAUGAACGUUAUGUUAGAAAAUAAAGUCUAUCAAAAUUA